GACAGGGUGAGACAUACCGCUCGUGGUUAAGCAACGUCAUGGAUUUGGCUGCUCUUCGCUUGAUGGCAGAGAAGGAGAGCGUGAUCUAUGAAGAGUCACUGGCCAACCUGGUGGAGAAGCACUUCGGCGAAGUCCUGGCAGAGAUCAACUGCGAUA